UUGUGUAUACUCGUAAAGUAAAGUGAGUGUGAGUGUGUGUGUUGGGAUAAAAAUGCAUUCAACGAUUUUCCAGUGUGUUGCAUUUUUAAUGCUGUCGCAGUCGCUGUCGCUGUUGUUGUUGUUUUCAUGGUUUAUGGAUCACGCCCACGCCGCCUACAACUGCUCAUCGCCGCCGAGCUUUAAUAAUUUCGACAUCAACUCGUGUUGCCGCACGCCGGAAAUCAAUCUGGGCAACGUGCCACAAAAGUGCCAGAAGCACGUAAAUCAAUUGAAAUCGGCGAAUGAGAAAUAUCCGGCAUUUGCGCAUCUGUGCUACCCGGAUUGCAUUUAUCGGGAGACAGGCGCUCUGGCCAAUGGCAAGCUGCAAAUGGACAAGGUUCGUGCAUUUUUGCAGGAGCAAGUGCAUCGACGAGAUCGCGAGAUUGUGCCACACAUUGUGCGCUCCUUUGAGACCUGCACGGAGAACAUUCAUGGUCACAUGAAGUUGACCAACCAGCAGAGUUAUAAAGUGUUGACCCAAGGCUGUUCGCCCUAUGCUGCUAUGAUCUACAGCUGCGUGAAUGCCGAAACCUUUCUCAACUGCCCCACGAAGAUGUGGAAGACAGAUCAACCUUGCAUCGUGGCCAAACAGUUCGCUCAUCAAUGCAAUCCGCUGCCUCAUGUGCCGCUGCCCAUGAGCUAAGCACGCUUAUCUUAUUGUUCGAUCACAUUAGUUUUAAAUUUUUCGGAGUAUUUA